AUGGCGAAAUUUGUAACGACGGAAUUGUUGGGCACGACGCUCGAAACUACCGAUAGGUAUUCGAACUUGGAGCCCCGAGGAAUCGGCAGUUCCGGAAUCAUUUGUUCAGCACACGACUCGAUUUCUAAUGAAGUUGUCGCUAUCAAAAAGAUAAUGAAUCCUUUUGCGACCAGCGGGGUAGCCAAGCGUACUUAUCGAGAAGUCCACAUGUUAAGUAACCUACGACAUGAUAAUUUGAUCAAUAUGAGAGACAUUUUUGUUUCCCCGUCAGAGGAUCUAUAUCUUGUGACGGACCUUAUUCAAACAGAUCUCCAUCAUUUACUGCAGUCAAGGGUGAAGCCACCAGAAGGCCAAUUUGUUCAAUUUUUCGCCUAUCAAAUAUUGCGAGGCUUAAAAUUCAUCCAUUCAGCUGGGAUCAUUCAUCGUGACCUUAAACCAAGCAACAUAUUGGUCAACGAGAACUGCGAUCUCAAAAUUUGUGAUUUUGGAUUGGCACGAGAAAAAGAUCAGGAAAUGACUGGCUAUGUUACGACGCGAUACUAUCGAGCUCCUGAAGUCAUGUUAACAUGGAAGAGAUACACCUACGCUGUUGACAUCUGGAGUGUCGGAUGCAUUCUCGCGGAGUUGUUACUAGGAAGAGUUCUCUUUCCGGGCAAUGAUUAUAAACACCAGCUCACCAUAAUAAUCCAGCUCCUGGGAAAGCCACCCAAGGAGGUUAUGGAUAAGAUCUAUAGUGAGAAUGCUUUGGAUUUUGUACGGGGAAUACCUGACCACGAUACCCGUUCGCUUGGAUCUGUUUUCAAAGAUGCUGACCCUCAAGCUGUGAACCUUGUGGAUAAAAUGCUGGAUCUGGAUCCAGAGAAGAGAAUCACAACAGAGGAUGCUUUAGCUCAUCCAUAUGUUUCGACCUACUACGAGCCGGAAGAUGAGCCUGUUUUUGAUAAAAUGAUUGAUUGGUCUCUUUUGGAAUCGGAGAAGUCAGUGGAUGAAUGGAAAACGCAUAUAUACUUCGAGGUUUUGCGUUACCAUGAUGGGGUUUGUGAUAAGCAGGAUCCUCAAAACUUUUUUGAGAACAAAGGAAAUUUGGAAAGAUGGGCGAACAAGGAGAUGUUUGAGGGCACGUAUUAG